GGGAGGCCAGACCGAUGCUGUGCUAUAACUUGGCUCCCUUCUGCCAGCAUCUUCGCCAACACAACCCGUGGUCACAGCUCUCUGUCCACAGCUCAGGACUCGCAUUCAUCACUUAAAAAAAACACCAUUUGCCAUGGAGAAUCUCACAGGUCGAGUUGACACGUAUUUCCGCACACGCACGCGCGGCCAAAAGGGUAUCAUCCGCGAUCUCAUCAUGACCGAGGACGCCCACCACGACAUCACCCUCUGCGACAAUGACUACCUCAACCUCGUCCACCACCCACACAUCCUCGCGGCCCAGAUAGAAGACCUAAAGAGUUCCGCCGGUCGCGGCGCCGUCUACUCGCCCCUCUUCCUGUCCCGCGAGACCAUGAACCCCCACACCCAACUCGAGGACGACCUCGGCGCGUGGUACGGCAAGGACUGCUACCUCGCGCAGUCGGGCUACGCCGCCAACGUCGGUCUCAUGCAUGCCCUCUGUCUGCCUGGGACCAACGUCUAUGCCGACAUGUUCGUCCACAUGUCCUUCUACGACGGCCUCGCCGCCCGCAAGGUAAGACUCCAUCGAUGCCAGCUCAACGACGCCGCCGACAUGGAGGACAAGAUCCGGCAGCACGGACCGGGUCUCAUCCUCGUCGAGUCGCUGUACAGCGUGAGCGGUGACUUUGCCCCUCUGGUAGACAUGGUCCGGCUGCGGAACGAGUAUGGCUGUCUGCUGGUUGUCGACGAGUCGCAUUCCCUCGGUGUGUACGGCGCCAAGGGGCUCGUCCACUUGCACGGUCUGCAGGACGAGGUGGACUAUGUCACGGCCAGUCUGGCCAAGGCAUUUUCGACCCGGGCCGGUGUUGUGUUUGGGCGACACGGUCUGUUUGUCAAGGAACACUCGUUCCCCAACAUCUUCAGCUCGGCGCUGCUGCGGAAUGAUAUUGUGCGGAUCCGCGCGGCGUGGGAGGUCAUCUGCGACGCGGACGACAGGCGCGCGCGGCUGCUCGACGUGUCGAGGCGGUUACGCAGCGAGUUGGGCGAGGUGUCCCGGUUGGCCAGCGUGUCGGGGACGUUGCCGUCGCCGAUUGUGAGUCUUUGCGCGGACGACGAGGAGCAGAUGGCGAGGUUGCAUCGACAUCUCUCCAAGAAGGGUAUACUGGGUGCGCCGUUCUUCCCGCCCGCAACCUCGCCGAAGCAUCCUGUCCUAAGGUUGACGGUGCACGCGAAUAUCAGGCAGGAGGAUGUGCGUCGUAUUGUGGAGGGUGUUGCGUCUUUUUACGCGAUCACUGCGCGGCUUGUGUAGGCGGAGGCUGCGGGCUGGUCGGUGGGCCUUUGAACUGGGGUUCUUGACGGUGUAAUUUUGGUGCUGCUUACUAUGAGUAAAGAAUCUAUCGCCAAAAUCAGCCCUCGUGGCAGUAUGGACAAGACGGGCGAAGAAGAGCACGACCAGCGGUCUG